AUCGAUUAUCGCGUUGUGUUUUGUUAUCGUUUGCAUUUUUUACGACCCACCAGUGUUUGUCUUCAGCAUAGGAUAUCAAGAAAUCUAUUGAUUGAGCUAAAUGUUUUGACUUCUCUAUAGCGAUAUAUAGGGCAUUGGGUUGCAAUUGCUAAAUACGUCCCGACAACUACAUUUGUGUAAAGGGGAAGUAGCCUACGAUAUGUCAAACCGUAUUUAACUUCGUUCUCUUGUCUGGUGAACUAGACAUUAGUCAAACCGGGGAGAACGGUUGUAGCGAGAUUAUCAUUGUUUUUCAAGGCAAUGUUUCGAUAUUGGAAGAAUUUAUAUAGAAAAUACACAUCGAAUAACGACCGAGGCGCUAGAAUGGACAACGCUGGGUUUUGCAACGAGACCUAUGAAAGCCUUCACAACCCGGCUAGCGAUGAUGAGUUGGUCGAUAUAGCUGGAGCCACGCUCGAUUUCUCCAGCACGGAGGACGUGCCACCUCUAGACCCCGAAUACGGCUCAGGCUACGGUACUACCGGAUUCUCUAAUGGUAUGACCGGUAACGGGGCUGGUAGUAACGGGAAGCUGAUGGACCUACUAGACGAGCCGGUACCGGGGGUAGGGACCUACGAAGACUUCAAUACCAUCGACUGGGUCAGAGAGAAGAGCAAGGACCGCGACCGCCACAGAGAGAUCACCAGUAAGAGUGAGCAGUCUACCUGGGCCCUGCUCCACAGCAUCAGUGAUGCCUUCUCUGGCUGGCUCCUCAUGCUGCUCAUAGGACUCUUGUCAGGUGCUCUAGCAGGCUGUAUAGACAUCUCAGCUCACUGGUUAACAGACCUGAAGGAGGGUGUGUGUCUGUCUGGCUUCUGGUUCAACCAUGAACACUGCUGCUGGGGCUCUAACCAAACCACCUUUCAAGAGAGGGACAAGUGUCCACAGUGGCAGAGCUGGGCUGAACUGCUGGGUGGUAGCUCAGAGGGGGCAGCAGCGUACAUAGUCAACUACUUGAUGUUCAUGUUGUGCGCUCUACUGUUCUCCUUCCUGGCUGUCAUUCUGGUCCGGGCCUUCGCACCUUACGCCUGUGGAUCAGGAAUACCAGAGAUAAAGACCAUCCUCUCUGGGUUCAUCAUUAGAGGCUACCUGGGGAAAUGGACCCUAAUCAUCAAGACAAUUACCCUGGUCCUGGCUGUCUCUUCUGGUCUCAGUCUUGGCAAGGAAGGACCCCUGGUCCAUGUAGCAUGUUGCUGUGCCAACAUCCUCUGUCAUCUGUUCACAAAGUACCGACAGAACGAAGCAAAACGACGAGAGGUGUUAUCUGCAGCCGCAGCAGUGGGCGUGUCUGUGGCCUUUGGCGCUCCUAUAGGAGGAGUGCUGUUCAGUCUGGAGGAGGUGAGCUACUACUUCCCUCUGAAGACUCUGUGGAGGUCGUUCUUCGCUGCGUUGGUGGCAGCCUUCACUCUGCGCUCCAUCAACCCGUUCGGUAACAGCCGACUGGUCUUGUUCUACGUAGAGUUCCAUACCCCCUGGCACAUGGUGGAGCUGGUCCCGUUCACCCUGCUGGGCAUCUUCGGUGGCCUCUGGGGGGCGCUCUUCAUCAGGGCUAAUAUCGCCUGGUGCAGAAGGCGUAAGACCACUCGUCUGGGCCACUACCCGGUGCUGGAGGUCUUGGUGGUAACUGGAAUCACAGCCCUCCUCUCCUUCCCGAACAGUUACACCAGGAUGAGUGGGUCAGAACUGAUCUCAGAACUGUUUAAUGACUGUUCUCUACUGGAUUCCUCACAGCUGUGUGACUACAACAGCUCUGAGAACAGGUCUGACUCUGGUGUGUUUAGUGCCAGCCUUGCUGAUAGGGCGUUCAGUAACACACUCCCUGAUAGGCCAGCUGGACCAGGUGUGUACACAGCGCUAUGGCAACUGGCUCUGGCACUCUUCUUCAAGAUGCUGGUCACUGUGGUUACCUUCGGCAUGAAGGUCCCUUCCGGUCUCUUCAUCCCCAGUAUGGCUGUAGGGGCGAUAGUAGGCAGACUGCUGGGAGUUGCCAUGGAACAGAUGGCGUUGAACCAUCAUGACUGGCUCAUCGUCAAGGGCUGGUGCUCAUCAGGGGCGGACUGUAUCACACCAGGGCUCUACGCUAUGGUGGGGGCAGCUGCAUGUCUAGGUGGUGUCACCCGUAUGACCAUAUCGCUGGUGGUCAUCAUGUUUGAGCUGACGGGCGGUCUGGAGUACAUUGUUCCUCUGAUGGCUGCGAUCAUGACCUCUAAGUGGGUAGCGGACGCGUUGGGGCGUGAGGGGAUCUACGAAGCCCACAUCAGACUCAACGGUUACCCCUUCCUGGAAACCAAAGAGGAGUAUGGGCACAAGACCCUGGCUCAGGAUGUGAUGCGCCCUAGGCAGUCGGACCCUCUCCUAGUCGUGCUCACUCAGGAGGGUAUGAGUGUAGGGGAGAUAGAAGGGGUGAUAGCAGACACUGACUACAGUGGCUUCCCCGUGGUGGUGUCACAGGAGUCUCAGAGACUAGUGGGCUUCGUACUGAGGAGGGACCUGGUCAUAUCUCUAGACAACGCCCGAAAGCGACAGGAUGGGGUGGUCAGUGCCUCGCUAGUGUUCUUCUUGGAACACGCGCCCCCCCAGCCCUUCUCCGGCCCCCCUGUCGUCAAACUACGAGGUAUCCUGGACCUUAGUCCCUUCACUGUGACAGACCACACCCCCAUGGCGAUAGCUGUGGACAUCUUCAGGAAGCUGGGACUCAGACAGUGUCUGGUUACACACAACGGGAGGUUGCUGGGAAUCAUCACUAAGAAAGACAUUCUGAAGCACAUGGCUCAGAUGUCCAACAGAGACCCAGACUCUAUCCUCUUCAACUGAGACCCAGACUCUAUCCUCUUCAACUGAGACCCAGACUCUAUCCUCUUCAACUGAGACCCAGACUCUAUCCUCUUCAACUGAGACCCAGACUCUAUCCUCUUCAACUGAGACCCAGACUCUAUCCUCUUCAACUGAGACCCAGACUCUAUCCUCUUCAACUGAGACCCAGACUCUAUCCUCUUCAACUGAGACCCAGACUCUAUCCUCUUCAACUGAGACCCAGACUCUAUCCUCUUCAACGGAGACCCAGACUCUGUCCUCUUCAACGGAGACCCAGACUCUGUCCUCUUCAACGGAGACCCAGACUCUGUCCUCUUCAACGGAGACCCAGACUCUGUCCUCUUCAACGGAGACCCAGACUCUGUCCUCGUCAACGGAGACCCAGACUCUGUCCUCGUCAACGGAGCCCUAGACUCUGUCCUCGUCAACGGAGCCCUAGACUCUGUCCUCGUCAACGGAGACCCAGACUCUGUCCUCGUCAACGGAGACCCAGACUCUGUCCUCGUCAACGGAGACCCAGACUCUGUCCUCGUCAACGGAGACCCAGACUCUGUCCUCGUCAACGGAGACCCAGACUCUGUCCUCGUCAACGGAGACCCAGACUCUGUCCUCGUCAACGGAGACCCAGACUCUGUCCUCGUCAACGGAGACCCAGACUCUGUCCUCGUCAACGGAGACCCAGACUCUGUCCUCGUCAACGGAGACCCAGACUCUGUCCUCGUCAACGGAGACCCAGACUCUGUCCUCGUCAACGGAGACCCAGACUCUGUCCUCGUCAACGGAGACCCAGACUCUGUCCUCGUCAACGGAGACCCAGACUCUGUCCUCGUCAACGGAGACCCAGACUCUGUCCUCGUCAACGGAGACCCAGACUCUGUCCUCGUCAACGGAGACCCAGACUCCCUCCCUCUCCACACCUCUGAGACUAGGAAGCGGACCUCUGGCAAAUGAAGACCUUCUUCAACUGAGCUCGUCUCCUCCCUGUUUCCAUCCAUCCACUUCUUUAUGGGAGGAGGACACCAGCCUAUAGGAGGGAUGACACGGUCUUGUUUUCUCAAUAGGUCUCACCUAAAGAAGAGGGCUGGUGGAUACAGUAUUAUGGACACAUUUAUACAAAGAGGAUGGAGAAAUAGGAGAGAACACACUGAGAAGGGAAAUGAUUGGGAGGCAGGAAUCCUAGCGGAUAAGAGUGUUGGGCCAGUAACUGAAAGGUCGCUGGUUUGAAUUCCCGAACCGACUAGGUGAAGAGUCUGUCAACAUGCCCUUGAGCAAGGCACUUACCCUAAUAGCUCCUGUAAGUCACUCUGGAUAAGAGUGUCUGCUAAAUGACUAACAUGUAAUACACCUGCCGAACUAAUAGACAGAACUCUUUCCUGCACUGCAACCAGUACUAUAGCUGUACACAGAGAGAGCGAGAGAGAGAGAGAUGAGAUGGAAGGAUGAGGGUGAGAUGGAGGUAUGAAAAGUGAGAAUUUCAGAAAUGGCUAAUUAUGAUGUAAAACACAAUGUUCCACUGAGCCUUUAGAGAAAAGGACUGUUGAGGAGAGGUGGUGGGGAAGUGCUGACCAAACUGUUACUGAUGCAGUAGUACACUAUGUAGGGAAUUAGGGUUCCAUUUCAGAUCCAUCUGGAUCGCCGUAGGAUCCAUCUGGAUCGCCGUAGGAUCCAUCUGGAUCGCCGUAGGAUCCAUCUGGAUCGCCGUAGGAUCCAUCUGGAUCGCCGUAGGAUCCAUCUGGAUCGCCGUAUUGCUGAGAUAAAGAUAGAACACAAAAGGGAAACAUCGAAGUGUUAGAACUCCUCCUAAAAUAGCCCCCAUUAUCACAUGGGUGUGUUACCAUGACAACCCGGUUGUUCAUCACUUUGAUGUGCGACAGGCGUGGGAAGAGGUUAACAACACACACGGGCUAUUAGAAUAGAAUGCUUUUAGCUACAGGAUAUUAGAGAGAGGGAGACGGAUCCAAAGACGCUUCACAUGGAGAUCAGGUUACAGAGCUGCUCAGAGCCACACAUUCCUCAAACACCGACACAUCAGACGACACGUGUCUGUGUGUGUGUUGGGUUCAGUGGUAGAGUCGGAGCAGGCCCCCUUGAUUCACGUUGAGUCAUAUAGGGGUGGAUUGGCCUCUUUCAAGGUCUUUCUUUAGGCCCCUUUGUGUGUCCUAGGGAAUAUUUUACAGACAUGGGAAUUUGCCAAAAUGGACUCUCACGUUUCUGAGAGUUGUACAUAAACUAUUUUGCCUUUCCAAGUUUGUGAAGUUGUUGGUUUAAAUAGGACUUUGGGACUUUGAGUUUAAUCUCUUCUCUCUUUCUGAUUCUGAAUUUUUUUUUUAGGGAUCGUGAAUCAAACUGUGUGUGUGUGUGUGUGAUGAGCUCAUGGGAAGCGUUGUGUUUAUAAUCAACAAUGGUGAUCCGAUUGUCAUAACCAUCUCCUUAUGUCUGUGUCCCAAAUGACACCCUAUUCUCUAUAUAGUUCACUACUUUUGACCAGGGCUUAUAGUGGAUAGGGCACCGUUUGGGACAUAUCCCAUUCAUAUGGCCCUGGAGGACCAAAUGACCAUCUUUUUAUUGCAUUUUUUUUUCCCUGGUCUUCUCAUUUUUAUAGAAAUGUUGUCAUCCCAUCUGCCUAUCCACCCUCUCCAUUCUCUGUCCUUAGACAACCCCUCCCUCUUCUGUCCCCACCGUCUCUCUCUCUCACAUAUUCCAAAUAUGAUGUCACAAUGCUGCCUGCCUGUCGAGCUGCGUGCGGUUUAGUCUAGAAGGGAUACAGCUUUUGUCAAAAUGGACUUUUUCGCAGCAGGUUAACUAUAACUUACGCAGCAGGUCAGGAAAAUUAGGUUACGGUUAGGCAAAUUUAGGUUACGGUUAGGAGAAUUAGGUUAAGGUUAGCUAAAAUGCUAAAGAAAAUCUACUUUUGAUGUCAAUUUGACAAAAGCUGUAUCCCGUCUAGACAUGACCGCCGCGUGACCUUUCUCUCUUGUCUUGUAACAGGAAGUGCAAUAAGGUGUGGUCUAGUUUGUGCCGGGCCCUGGCCAGUUUCUUUAUUUCUCCAUGCUGUAGGGACCACUUCCUAUGCUACUGCCAGCCUUUGUCUGCUAGUUGGGGUUUAAAAGCACUAUCGCUGAGACUACUUACAAUGAGCACCUCUGGCAGUUCCUAAGAAGCCUAUCAGAAAUGAAAUGAUUUGUCAUUCUGAACGUGGAAUGUUGUAUUGUUACCAUACCCUAUGAGGGAUUCCCAUAUUUGUCCCCCUCCCAGAAUUCUAGAAGAGUCUAAAUUCCCCAUGAAGUCUCGGCAGUGGGCUCAGAGUGCUCUGUGAGAGGCUGUGUGUCUGUGUUUUUCUCUGUCUGGCACCCAAUUGGUCUAUCCAGGCUGUUGUUGAUUAAUGUCUUACACCUCGCCACAGACAGGGGUUUUAGGGGGUGAGGAGGUGUGAAAGCUCAUUAGAAGCACAUUUCCUGACUGCCUCUUAGAGCAACACAGACCUCUGUAGACUGAUAACUAUGGAGGUAAUGCCAACACUGUUGAUAUGACAACGACAGGGGGGGGGGGACAGGUUGGGAGGUUGUGAAAAGAGAGAUUUAAAGGAGGGAAUAGUUCAGUAUUCAGUAUUUUUCUCAGGAGUGUGAACAAAGGAGAGAGGGAAAGUUGAGUCAAACAAGGCCCUGUAGCCUUCACUGUCACCCCAUCAUACCACACUUCAGGACAUAGACACGCAAUUACGCUGUUCAAUGUCUUACAUGUAAUUGAUAUGCCUUGAUUUCAACUCUGUGGCUCAUGUAAAUUGUCACUUGGAAAUCAGAAUUCCUUAACGCUCAGUUGAAGUUGGCUGUUAUACGGAACAAUACCAAGAAUUUACCAAAACACUUGGCAGUAAGUGUAGGAACUUUUUUUGUCUAUAUUCUAGAACUGUCUAAAUACUCUGGGGAUUCUAUUUGACCCCACCCUAGAUGACUACACGGUGAAACCAUGCACAAUAUACUAGAAGACCAUCUGGCUUAAGGACAAUCAACCCUUUUUUCUAAAGGGUGAGUCCAUUCUGUCUGACCUAUUUCUAUGUCUGUUGCUCUGUGUGUAAUAUAGAUGAGUCCAUUCUGUGUGUGUGCGCUCUGUCUAGAUGUGUGUAAUAUAGAUGGUGGUGUUUGUUAUUGACUCUUUUAGAUAGGGUUGGUAUGAAAGGAGAGGUACACACACUCUGGCUCUCUCUCUUUUUCCUAUUCUUGCGGGGACCAAAUAAUUGACUCUCAUUCAAAAUCCUAUUUUCCAUAACCCCUGAGCCUAAAAUAGUAUUUUUCCUCGUGUGGAUAAUAACACCAAACACCACUCUUUAUUUACCCUUCAGAGAGGUUGAUAUGAGAGGUCAGGGGGUUAGAUCCAACAAUUACAUUAAGGAAAACCCUUGAUGUACAAGACUGUGGACCAAAGAGAGCCCCCCCCUGGGUCUCGUCCAUCCCAUCAAUCACUAGGGUCGGGCCCAAAUCCCCAAGACACACAUUUUCCCCAGAAACUCAAAGGUUUCUACAGAAUUUCCUUUCAGAAUGAAGACAAAUACGCAUGGACAUUUAUCAAAGCACUCUGCUAAGAGCUUACAUUACGUACAUGUUAUAUGAGCGAUGAUGACGUAUGUUUUAGCACUGCUAAGAGCUUACAUUACGUACAUGUUAUGAGCGAUGAUGACAUGUAUGUUUUAGCACUGCUAAGAGCUUACAUUACGUACAUGUUAUAUGAGCGAUGAUGACAUGUAUGUUUUAGCACUGCUAAGAGCUUACAUUACGUACAUGUUAUAUGAGCGAUGAUGACAUGUAUGUUUUAGCACUGCUAAGAGCUUACAUUACGUACAUGUUAUAUGAGCGAUGAUGACAUGUAUGUUUUAGCACUGCUAAGAGCUUACAUUACGUACAUGUUAUAUGAGCGAUGAUGACAUGUAUGUUUUAGCUCUGCUAAGAGCUUACAUUACGUACAUGUUAUAUGAGCGAUGAUGACAUGUAUGUUUUAGCUCUGCUAAGAGCUUACACACACUUUUAUAUGAUUAAUGGUCUGUAUAGUUUUUUGUUCACAUGAUGUACCAGUUUGUUUAAAUUAUUGUAUGAUUAUUUAUUUUUGCACAGAAGGAAAUGUAUGUUUCAUUAUGAUUGUAAUGUUAUGGGGUUUGUGAUCUAAAUAUAGUGUCAGCUAAAUUGAUUAAAUCUAAAUUAUGCAUUCAGA